AUGGUGUGCGCCUCUGAGGUCGGUGCGGUGUACAUCGCCCCGGAGACGGUCAUCCAGAAGGGUCGCCUCAAGCCUGGGCGCAUGCUCUUGGUCGAUACCGAGGACGGCCGAAUCGUUGACGACAAAGAACUCAAGCGCGCCACCGCGCGCAAGCAGGACUUCGCGUCCAACGACCCGAAGCUCCUCACGUCCGGCUUCACGCUGGAGCAGCUCCAUCUCCUCAUGCUCCCGAUGUUCGCCAACGGCAAGGAGCCUCUCGGCUCCAUGGGCAACGAUGCCCCGCUGGCCGCUCAUUCAUAUAAGUACAAGGAUAUAUAUGUGUACCGUUGCUCGAAGACCUAUUCCUCCAGGAGGAAAUGCGGGUGA